GGAGAAAGGAGCAAAAUAAGAAGAAAAAAACGUCUUAUAGCCUCUAUUGCAGGAACGUUUUACGACUAUCAAAUUAUCAGAAAACGUAAUUGUGAUGUGUUUCCGUGGUGAAGGAAAAUACUCAGAAAAAUUGUGCGAACAAACAACUGGUGGAGAAGUAACUGAAUCUUUGUGAAGUGAAAAAUUAAUGGCUACUACUACUUACUACUGGAGAGCUGUGAAGAAUAAAAAAAAAGGGCAAGCGCAUGAACGUGAAAUAAGACUUUGUUAAGCAGUGAUCCUUAACGAGAAUACCUACCUUACCCGGGACCCAGAUAUAGACACAUUUUACUCUUACGACCCUUAAAAAAGCUUCUAGACAGUGUACUAAGAGUUGUGUGUCCAAAAAUCUUAUCCUGCGUUAUCGAUUCGUAUAGGAGUGACCUGGUGACGUCUCGCGGACACGUACGCCAACAGGCAGACCAAAGAAGACUUGGACGGAGCGUGUGAAGGAGGAUCAGACCGCUAUCGAGGUUGAGGAGGAGGAAGCACUUGAUAGAGAUAGCUCGAGGACGGUCAUUGGACGUCUUACCUCAUAAUAUAAAUAAGGAAAUUGACGAAAAACACAUGAUGAUGAUGAUGACCUAAUGAUCGAGUAGUCCACUGUGAUCCAGUACAGAGGCAUGGCACGUACUUAGUAAAAUAUGUGAAUAACUAUUAAAUGAACACCUCAGGGAAACAAUGAAAGACUCCCUCGUGUCUGUAUUUCGUAACUAACGCCUGAUCUAGAGAAGGAAAAGACAGUGUUGCCAGUCCAGGAAGGAGCCUCGAGGGACUGUGUGUGUGUGUGUGUGUGUGUGUGUGUGUGUGUGUCCACCAAUGUGUCGCCGCGCAAGGGUCCCGUGGGGUGUCCUGUUGGGCGGCCUCGCUGUUUUCCUGGUGACCAACUGCAUAAAGGGGGCGUGGGAGGCGAGCGUGGACUCCGAAAGGCGGCUGGAGGGCGAGAAGGAGCUGUAUGCGAGGCUUCUUGGACCUUUGUCUCCCGAGGACCCAAAACUCCUGCCGGUGCUGAGGGAGCGGUACCUCACGCCGCCCUCCUCCAAGCCAUACAACCUGUCCACCGACCCUCUCUACCAAAAACUUAGGACCUACGGCAGCUGGGUCUUCAUCCACCCGCAAAUUAAAAAGCUUUUUGGCGAUAGGCGCGGCGGCUUCUUCGUGGAGGCAGGGGCGCUGGACGGAGAGAGGCUGUCCAACACUCUGUGGCUGGAGCAGGAGUUAGGCUGGAUUGGUCUCCUUAUCGAACCCAACUCCGUGAACUACAAGAACCUUCUGACUAAACACCGUAAGGCAUGGUCGUCACACACAUGCCUCUCCUCGCAGCCGUACCCUAAGGAGGAGGUGUUUGUCUCGCUCUCCAAGAAAGUUCGUCAAGAGUCAAAAGUGAUUCGAGAAGCGUACGACCUCCAUGGCUCGUCGCAUGUGCUUGGGGUCACCCUCGACUCAAGGCUGUACGACAACCAGCUCCGCGCAUCCGACAAGUCGUACUCGGUGGUGCAGUGCUUCCCCCUCGUGUCGUACCUCCUCGCCCUCAAUGUCUCCACCGUGGACCUGCUCUCCCUCGACGUGCAGGGCGUGGAGAAGGACGUGCUGAAUAACUUCCCUUGGUCCCGCGUUGUCGUUCGAGUGAUAGUGGUCGAAGUGGUUCACCGGGAGACCUAUGAUGAGGCCUUCGUCGAGUACAUGAAGAGUAAGAACUUCACGCUCGUGUUCUUCAGGGGCGAGGACUAUAUCUUCGUGAGGAAUGGUGACCCGUUACUGAAGAAGGUACAGGCGGUGACGCUCGUGAUGAACCGGCCUGCUAAAGACCCCACCAGCCCCUCCUCCUCCUCGGAGCUGCCUCAAAGGGGGAACAAGAGCCACCGCUGAGGGACAGUAAUCCACGUACCUUAUUAUUCCCUUGCCUUAAGUUACGGAUACGCCGUGUCCCUGCAGACGUUGGCAACCAGGGAAUGUCUCAUCUCCCUUUUUUUUAUUUAUUUGCAUCAGGCGUCCAACUAAACAUCCUUCAGUCGUUGAUCUCUCUGUUCCAUCCAUAUACUUUUCUCAUUGUCGUCUUCCAGCAUCCAGCUUUCUUCUUCAUGUCUGUACUGGAAGGUGUUUGCUACUUUUAAUAUACUUUUAAUUCUGUCAAGUGUCCCCUUUCCCCUAGACAUUCUCUCCUUGGCUUUCCCACUUAACCAUUUUCUGUCAUACAACUUCCUGACCCAAGCACUUGGGCUACAUAGUUUAUUCUUGGUAUUGUUACAGAAGGGCACCUCUGCUUCGCUUCCUUCUGGUAAUAGAACUCAUACAUCUUAUCUCACCUCAUCUUCCAUAUCUUGCUUCUCGCCUCCUUCAUCUGACACAUGUAAUACUUGUCUUCAGCGCGUACGUAGGCUACAUAGUUUAUUCUUGGCACUGUUACAUAGGGGCGCCUCUGCUUCGCUUCCUUUCGAUAACAGAGCUCAUACAUUCACCUCCUUAUGAAGAUAAUUAUACGUUUGGUGCAAAGUGAGUGACGGUUGUGAUUUCCCGGCGCACCAGCAUCAUUGUGAAGCAAAGUAUAGCAGCCUGACGUCAUUCCAGUGGUCGUUUCACCCUUUAUCCUCAGCCUCACGUAUGCACUUGGAUGCUGUGUACGUGGAUCAGACAGAGAGAGAGACGGAGAACGUUUGGAGAGGCUUAUGUCUGUAGAGAACUGACAAUAACUAGUGACGCUACCGGAAGAGAGAGAGAGAGAGAGAGAGAGAGAGAGAGAGAGAGAGAGAGAGAGAGAGAG